UGCUUCGACUGCGGCGCCAAGAAUCCGAGCUGGGCCAGCAUCACCUACGGAGUCUUCCUAUGCAUCGACUGCUCCGGCGUCCACCGCUCCCUGGGCGUCCACCUGAGCUUCAUCAGGUCUACAGAGCUGGACUCUAACUGGAACUGGUUCCAGCUGAGAUGUAUGCAAGUGGGCAGCAAUGCCAACGCGAGCGCUUUCUUCCGCCAGCAUGGCUGCACCACCACAGAUGCCAAUGCCAAGUAUAACAGUCGCGCUGCGCAGAUGUAUCGGGAGAAGAUCCGGCAGCUGGCGAGUGCUGCCAUGGCCAAGUACGGCACCGACCUGCUGAUAGAUGGGCUGAGUGGAGCCCCUGGGCACUCACCUGAGAAGAGCGAUGCUGAUUUUUUCAUGGAGCACACACAGUCUUCCAGUACCUGGGAUGUAGCUGAUGCCAGCCAGAAUCCUGCACAGUCUUCCCUGGUGAUGGAAAAAAUGAGGACAUCAGAAGGCAAAGAAGUGUCAUGUUAUAGUCAAGGCCCAUCAAUUGACUUGUUGAGCACAUCUCCUAAAGCUCCUCUAGAAAUUAAAUCCUCUCUUAUUGGAAAGAAGAAGCCAGGAGCUGCCAAGAAGGGGCUCGGUGCAAAAAAGGGUCUUGGAGCCCAGAAAGUGAGCAGCCAGAGCUUUAGCGAGAUCGAGCGGCAAGCCCAGGUUGCAGAGCAGCUGAGGGAGCAGCAGGCAGUGGAGUCCAGGAAACAAGCUGAGGAAUCCAUGGAGAAGAAUCUGCAGAACCUUGAAGGGAAGAAACGUGAACAAGCUGAGAGGCUAGGCAUGGGCUUGGUGUCCAGAAGUUGUGUUUCACACUCGGUGAUGUCUGAGAUGCAAGUAAUUGAGCAGGAGACGCCGCUGGUUGCAAAAUCUUCCCGCUCCCAACUGGACUUGUUUGAAGAUGCUGGAGCCUUCGCAUCUGGACCUCCCAAGUAUAAAGAUAAUCCCUUCUCAUUGGGAGAUGCCUUUGGCUCGCGAUGGGAAACGGACUCUUCUUGGGGUGUUGACAAAGAGGAGGAACCUGAGGUGACCAUUUCCAGUAUUCGACCAGUUUCAGAGAGGCCCAUCAGUAGGCGUGAGACAGAGAGCAGGACAUCCGCUGUGGAAUCAAAUGAAGCGCGGCAGAAGUUUGCAGGGGCAAAAGCCAUCUCUUCAGAUAUGUUCUUUGGACGGGAGGCAGAUGCUGAGUAUGAAGCCAGAUCCCGCCUGCAGCAGCUCUCGGGCAGCAGCGCCAUCAGCUCUGCAGACCUCUUUGGUGACACUGAAAACGUGCACUCAGGUGGAGUCUCAAUUGGGAAUGUCCUGCCUACAGCUGACAUCGCGCAGUUCAAGCAAGGAGUAAAAUCAGUUGCUGGAAAGAUGGCUGUCCUAGCCAACGGGGUGAUGAACUCCCUCCAGGAUCGUUAUGGCUCAUAUUGAUGAUGGAGGGACUGCAGCUCACAGGGAAUCCAGCAAGAUGCACAGAUGUCACCUUUGCCUGGAAUAAACUCUGCAGGAUUGUCUUAGUUCAUCUGGGGUGGGUGGGAAGGGGGGAAGGUAGGCGGAAGGGGUCAGAAGAUGUCCGUGCCUGGACUGCUUCCCAACUAUCUCUGGAUUCCACUCUGUAUUAAAAUUCAGUGUGCCCUCAAACCCACUGCUACCUGUUAGCCAGUGGAGACAGGCCUUCUUACGGGAUUAAUGUCUUUGCUUUGAACAGUAGGACAGGAAUUCCUGUGGCUGCCCUUCUUGGUGCUCCUGCCUUUU